UUUGAUAUUAUCGAUAUUUGCUCGUCACAAUAUCAAUAUUUUUGACCGAUAUUGGCGCAUUUGAUAUUAUCGAUAUUUCGAUAUUGCGACUCGAUAUAGAGAUAAGUGAUUUUUCACCCACGCACACUAGUAAACGUAUAGCCGUGUAAAAUUGUUCAUGUUUCCUCAACCUGUCAAUCACUACGCAUCUCGUUAUUCCGACCACGAUUUAAAACCGGCAUGGAAUUGAUUUCAGUUAAAAUGGUUUUAAAUUGUUUCGUACCUGGUUGCCGUAGUUACGGCUCUGAUGUUCAAGUGAAAUUUUUCACCUUUCCAACACCGAGAACAAACGUGAAGGAAGAAACGCAGAAACUGAUGAUGCAACGAAGAACCAAAUGGAUAACUGCUUGCUUGUUAGAUCGUAAUCCAAAACCGUACCAUCGGAUAUGCAGCCGUCACUUCGUUUCCGGCAAACCUGCAACAUUGAAAGACGCAUGCAAUGCUGACUGGGUGCCGAAUUUGUAUUUGCCUCUUGGUCUGAAUCACGUACAAACGGCGAUUCAAGUUUCAGGAAACGAGCAUGCUACAGAGGUGGAAUUGCUGUUUGGCUCCCAAACAACGGCAGACGAGAAUAAUAAUAAUUCUGAUAAAGCCGCAACAUUGAAAGACACAUGCAAUGUUGACUGGGUAUCAAAUUUUCCGUGUGCCUUAGAUCACCAUCACCACAUAUCAGAUAAAUUGCACGUACAAACUACGACGCAAGUUUCAGAAAACGAACAUGAUCUAGAGGAGGGUGUGCUGUUUGGCUCUCAAAUUACGUCAGACAUCUUGGACGAGAAUAAUAAUAAUUGAUGUUUGCGUUCAAACUGAUAGUCAUUUGGAAAAAGAGCACAGAGAAGUUUGCACAGAGUUGAUUCGAUAUAAAUCUAAGAUCAGCAAAAUAGAGGCUAAAGUCAAUCGACUGGAAGAUAAGCUAACAACAACACAGGGUACACUGAGGCUUACUGUGGCUCAUUUGCAGAACAAUGAUCAAAAGUGUAAAUAUUUUACCGGACUUUGCAGCGGGCGCAUAUUAUCGCACCUCUUUCAAAUCCUGAAAGGUGAUAUACCAUAUUUUUCAGAACUAAAUAAAGAAGAAGCAUUCCUAUUAACACUACGGAAGUUGCGACUCAAUGAACCAUUUACUACAUUGGGUUACCUAUACCACCUAAACCCAUCCGUUAUAUCCAAUUUCUUUUGUGAAUGCUUGAACGGUAUAUACCUUUUCAUGAAAGGAUUAGUACGAUUUCCGUCUAG